AGGUAAUGAACUAUUAGUAUCACCAGUUCACCAUAGCAACCAGUCUAGUCUCGCCACGCCCCUUCGCUACCUGCGGAGGAAGGGUCUGGAGACACUCGCAGUAAAAAGCUGUGCUAUAUGCAGAGAAAUCCACGUCCCAAUCAGAUUGCUCGAACCACGUGUAAGACAAGUAGUCAUGUGACCGAAGAGCUCUGUUUAAGACAAAAGAAGAAGAAUGAGGACCAAAUAAAGGCUGGAAGGAGCCUGUAACACUCCCUGGACUUCUUUCUCAAAGUUUAAGAGCAGCAUUAUUAUGCUGCUUACUACAACGACGCCAUGGCACUUAUGACGUCAUAAUAAUGUCACGUGUUUACAAUAAAACGUCAUCAAUAAAAAGUAAAUAUUAUGGCGCUCUGUAAAGAGCUGCUGCUCUCAAAUCUGCAAGAGCCAAGAGAUGUCCAAGAGGCUUUAUUCUUGUCUUCUUUUAGCUGCAAAGCAUCUCUUUCAGCUGUUUUGACUGAUCUGGUCUUCUCUGUCACAUGAUGUAGAGCCAACCACGUGGUUUUCUUUGCACACAUUUUUACCGUGAGUGUCUCCAGACCCUUCCUCCGCAGGUAGCGAAGGGACUACAACCAGUCAUGAUCAGACCCUCCUACCACUAACUCAAGUCUCAUCUUUCUCUCUAAAAACCACACCCUCUUUUAUUAUUCUAUACUGGGGAUCAUACUGAUAUUAAUUUCUGGAGUAUAAUAUCAAGAAUAAAGCUGAUUACUAGUAAUGUUACUAUACAAUCAGCAUCAUUGGUUGAAGGGGGUAAUGCUAUCGACUUUAUGAUGUUACAAUUAGAAGAUACAUCCGCAAAAUACUGCACUUGCGUCUGGUGGAGGGUGUGUCUUUCUGAUCGUCUCGGGUCCAGUAAUAUUGAAGUUGUUUCUCAGACCCAGCUGUGUAGAUUCAAAGGGAAUAUUGUACUGUUAUACAGUGAAUAUAUCAAUGAAUGCUUACUGUUGGUAUCAGAAUCAGUACCAGGAAUAGAUAGAGAAGAGAAGGAGGUGAAUGAAGACAAGGAAGGUGAUUGGAACACCAAUCAAGAUACAAUGGAGUAUAAUAGAGGGACUGCUAGUACCAGCUGGAAUCAAUCAAGCAGUGAUAUUAAUAUUAGUAUAAUGAUACCAGAAGAUGUUAAUAAAUCAGAUAUAGUAUGUAUAAUGGAGAGUACCAGUAUCAGUGUUGGUUUAAGUGAUGGUACAACAUACAUUAGAGGAGAUUUAUUAUACAAUAUUGAUGAAUGUACUAGCACCUGGACCUACUCUAAAGGAAAAUUGGAUAUUAUGCUGGAGAAGAUGGCUGAUGAUGUUGAAUGGAGUUCAUUAUUUAAAGAUGGUUCGUUUCUGCCGUUAGAUGAUGAAUCAAAAGAAAUAAAGAGAAAAAGAUCUACUCUUGUAGGAGGUGGUUGUGGUUCUCCUUCAAAAUAUUCCAAGCAAUCACUGAUUACCAAUAGUUUGGAAGAAUGUGAUACAGAUGAUGAUCAGGAUAUUAACGUGUAUCUAAUCAACAACAAUGGAUUCAUUGUACAAAAGGUGCUAAUUAAUUAGAAUGAACAAUUUAUUGAUGUAUGACAUUACAUGUAUGCUUUGUAUUCCACUAUUGCACGUGUAGAAAAAUUGAUGCAUGUUGUUUGUAGCCAUUUGACAUUGUUAUGGUCUGUGGUUAAAAUUUGAAAAGUUAAAAAUUGUGAUGAAAGCUUGUGAUCAAAAUUGUACGAAAUUUUUGGCCAAA